GUCGUGUCGGGAUUGGAAUGUUACCGACUAACAAUCGGGACAACUGAGCACUCGGUAAUUGGACACUAGGAUCAAGGAAUCCCGUCUUUUUGAACAUUUUCUCAGCUAUUUACCCGGUCUGAGGUGAGCGUUUUGUCCCCUCGUGUCAACCGGAUAACUUCGCCUGCUGCCCGCUGCCCGCCGGUGAGGUUUUUAUUCAGCGAGAGCGAGGCUGUGUGUGGAGGUUGUAAUAAAUAAGAAGGGAAAUGCAGGGAUUCGUCAGGUUACAGUUGUACCGCUGAGCUGCUCCUGCGCUACGAAGCUUCCCCCGGUUUUUUUUCCCUCUCUUCACACGGGACUAUGGAGUGGUAAAACAGGGGGAAUAGGACGAAUUCACCCGGAGGCAUUUGGAUUCAAGCACAGCGGCCACACCGACUCGUUUUUACACUCGAUCUAAACCGGGGUAUACCUUUCCGUCUGGGAGAGCCUCGGGGACCCCUGCCGCUUUACACCCGGGGAAAGAGAGUUCCCAGGCGGCUGCCGGACUGCUUUUCCCUUUGAAAAGCCCCACACAGCCAGCCUGAAUGAGGGUGAGAGGAAGCGCCGCGGAAGAGAGUGGCUGCAUGUGAUUGUGUCCGAGGGUCCAGGCAGCACGGAGCUGUUUCAGGCAGCUCAGCCCCGCUGUAGGCGCUGUGCGAUAUGGUGAAACUCUACAGAAGAGGGAGAACGGGACAAUACUUUUAAAAUCGCCCACAUGCACUGGAUCAAUUGCUGGAUUUGGGAACCGAAUACGCAGAAGGGGGGUUGGGGAUCCUUGGAGGCUGCCGGAGGAUGGAGCGGUGUAGCCGGGGUUGGUGAGAGCCUAACUUCGGGCCACUUUACAUUUCUUAUUCCUUCACAACUCGCCCCUGUUCCCAGGACACAUGCAGGCCAAAAAACGCUACCUGAUCCUGCUCUCCGCUGGUGCAUGUCUGGUGCUUCUCUUCUACCUCGGAGGGGUUACACUUCCAGCGGCGAGCAGGAGCCGGCAUGACCGCAGCCGACAUGGGUACCGGCCCGAUCAGCCCUGGCCCCACUUCUCGGACCCUUUACACCUUUUCCUGCCGCUGGAUCAGACGGACACCGAGGAGUAUAACCUGCACAUAUCUCCGAGGCAGAAGAGGGACGUCAACACGAGUGUUUACAAAGGCAAACGGUGCCGCAUGGAUUCAUGCUUUGAUUUCUCGCAGUGUCAGAAGAGCGGAUUCAAAGUUUAUGUUUACCCGCAGCAGAAGGGGGAGAAGAUCUCAGAGAGUUAUCAGAAUAUUUUAUCAACCAUUGAAGGGUCCAGGUUUUACACCUCAGACCCUGGACAGGCGUGUCUGUUCAUCCUGAGUCUGGACACUCUGGACCGGGACCAGCUGUCCCCGCAAUACGUCCACAACCUGAAGACCAAGGUCCAGAACCUGCCUCUGUGGAACGACGGCAGGAACCACCUCAUAUUUAACUUGUACUCGGGGACGUGGCCGGACUAUACGGAAGACUUGGGCUUUGACAUCGGCCAGGCCAUGUUGGCCAAGGCCAGCAUCAGCACCGAGAACUUCAGGCCCCACUUCGACGUGUCCAUCCCCCUCUUCUCCAAGGAGCACCUGAGGACCGGCGGAGAGAGGGGCUUCCUCAAGUACAACACAAUCCCGCCUUUUAGAAAAUACAUGCUGGUGUUCAAAGGGAAGCGUUACCUGACAGGUAUCGGUUCGGACACCAGGAAUGCCUUACAUCACGUCCACAACGCAGAGGAUGUGGUGCUGCUCACCACCUGCAAACAUGGCAAAGACUGGCAGAAACACAAGGACGCGCGGUGUGACAUGGACAACGCAGAGUAUGACAAGUACGACUACAAGGAGAUGCUCCACAACUCCACCUUCUGCUUGGUGCCCCGUGGCAGACGCCUAGGCUCAUUCCGCUUCCUCGAGGCGCUGCAGGCUGCGUGUGUGCCGGUGAUGCUGAGUAACGGUUGGGAGCUGCCUUUCUCCGAGAUCAUCGACUGGAACACAGCCGCAGUGAUCGGGGACGAGAGGCUGCUGCUGCAGAUCCCAACCACGGUGCGCUCCAUCCACCAGGAUAAGAUCCUCUCCCUCCGCCAGCAGACUCAGUUCCUCUGGGAGGCCUACUUCUCCUCCGUGGAGAAGAUAGUGCAGACCACACUGGAGAUCAUCCAGGACCGCGCGUUGGCGCACGGCUCCCGGAGCAGCCUGAUGUGGAACAGUCACCCUGGGGGGCUUUUCGCCCUGCCGCAGUACUCUGGAUACCUGGGAGACUUCCCCUUCUACUACGCUACACUGGGCAUUAAACCGUACCCCAAGUUCACAGCGGUCAUCCAUGCCGUCUCUCCUCUGGUGUCGCAGUCCCAGCCCAUACUCAAGCUGCUGGUCGCGGUGGCCAAGUCCCAGUACUGUGCACAGAUCAUCGUCCUGUGGAAUUGUGACAAGCCUCUCCCUGCCAAGCACCGCUGGCCGGCCACAUCUGUGCCCGUCAUCGUCAUCGAGGGGGAGAAUAAGGUCAUGAGCAGUCGCUUCCUGCCCUACGAGACCAUAGUGACCGACGCUGUCCUCAGCCUGGAUGAAGACACCGUGUUGUCCACCACAGAGGUGGAUUUUGCCUUCACCGUGUGGCAGAGUUUCCCAGAGCGGAUCGUUGGUUACCCGGCUCGCAGCCACUUCUGGGACAGCAACAAGGAGCGCUGGGGCUACACGUCCAAAUGGACCAACGACUACUCCAUGGUGCUGACGGGGGCCGCCAUCUACCACCGGUACUACCAUCACCUCUACACCAACUUUUUACCCACGAGUCUGAAGGGCAUGGUGGACCAGCUGGCCAACUGUGAGGACAUCCUGAUGAACUUCCUGGUCUCUGCCGUCACCAAGCUGCCGCCCAUCAAGGUCACACAGAAGAAACAGUACAAGGAGACCAUGAUGGGACAGUCUUCGAGGGCUUCCCGCUGGGCCGACCCGGACCACUUCGCCCAGCGGCAGACCUGCAUGAACAAGUUCGCCAGCUGGUUUGGCGCCAUGCCGCUGGUCCACUCCCAGAUGAGGCUGGACCCCGUCCUGUUCAAGGACCAGGUCUCCAUCCUGCGCAAGAAAUACAGGGACAUCGAGAGGCUCUGACAGGACUGGCGCCCCCUCGCGGGAGACCCCACGCAGGGGGAGGCGCGGGAGAGAGACUCAGUGGAGAGCAGAAGGAGUAGUAAGACUCCAGCGGGGUGGACGGGGGGGGCCGCUCUGCCUUCCACUCAGCACAUCGCCAACGACCACAGCGCCAGGACUUGACGUGUGGAGGGAUGAAUAGGAAACAAGCAGAUGGCGUUUGGAUACAAAAAACACAAACAGAAAUCGCAAACAGACAGACAGAGAAGAGUACACAAACUGAUGGACAUGCCAAACAGUUCUGUAUGUUCUGCAAACGUGCAAACACGCAGCACACACUACUGACGACGAGAACUCUUGGAUAGAAUAUUUUUUUGUACAACACGAACAAGCACGACAUUGACUCUCCUGCUCUCUCGGCACAUGUGCAGGACGGUAGAAGAGGGAAGGUGUACACGGUCACAAACCUGGCAACCCCGCCCACCUACUGAUCGCCCCUAGCAACCCUCCCCCUUGCCUGCAUCAGGAUGUAAUACUGGACUACCCAAACCCCUGCUUCAUAUCCCAGGAAACCCUGUUCUUUAGUUGAUUUGAUUUCUGUACAAAUCAGCUCUCUGGUGUCACUGUUGACUCUCUUCUCUCUAAGAGGUUUCAAAUCUGAGCGUCUUCAGUGUCCUAUUUCCAUUCUCAAAGCAGAAACGUAAACAGCAGUGUCCAACCUGUUAUUCAAGUGGCCCGACGAGGUUUCUUUUAUAGCAAAGCAGCCAUUAUUUCUUGAAAUUCAAAACACAUCCUUGAGCCUGAAAACAUCCCCCACCCCCCCCCCUUCCUCGGCUCAUUCCUUGAUGUGCUGAUAUGGCUUUUAUAAUGGUCUCUCCGCCGCUGCCCCGUUAUCACUGAGUUAAGUUAGAAAAACAUCUACUUUCAUAUCCCAUUCUCCUCUCACACUCACCACGGCAUUUGUACUUUUCUCAUCUUUUUUUUCUUUUCACUUACUUUCAUCAUCUUUUAUUUCCCCCUCCAAACUCUUCGCUCUUAUGCGCGCGCGCGUGUGUGAGUGUGUUUAUGUGUGCGUGCAUGUUGUGUGCACAGAGCCUUGAAAAGUUGGCUCAUCCAACCAUAAGCUCAAGCGGAGUACAUUUUCCUUCUGUUGGAAUGAGCGACAUUUCUAGAUGAAAUGGAGCAUAACGUUGCUUUCUAACCCAAACUCCUUUCGCCCAUGUAUUCUUCCUGCAUGGCCUCGCAGCACUACCCUUACAGGGGGGGGGGGGAACAGAAACAUUUCAGACCAUCGCAGGUCUUUAGUGACCGGCGUCAUUUCACAGGAGUGCUUGUAGAGAGAUUCAGUUUUGUAAACGCUGAGCGCAUCAGUGCCAUUCUGUCAUCAGGGUCUGCCUUUAAGAAUUGUUUAUUGCACAUCACGUUGCCUACAUCAUUUUGAGAUGCCUAGACGCUCUUGUGUUGAAAUAUUCGAGUCAUCAGUCCAAUGUGGCUCUCCUGCCAUCACCAUUUAUUUCCCCCCCCGUGACAUAUCAGAGGACCUCGGAGCCAUUAAAUUGACAAAAGGUUUUCUCCUCCAUUUGUCAGGCAGAGAUAUGUUUGGGCUUCAAUUAGGUAAAGCUAUUUCAUUUGGAGUGCAGUUUUAUUCCCGGGAGACAAGCUGUUGAUGAAACACUCUAACAUUAGAGACCGCUGUGAUGUGGAGGCAGUGACCCACAAACAUGACCUGCUGGCUGAUGCUAGCCUUGGGAGGGGGGCUUUUUUUCCCCUUAUAACAUCUGCUCAUAGUAUCCCCGGCAAACCGCCUAACAUUUUGCACCUUAAAUUACCUUUAUUGGUAUUGGACAACCAGAUCUAAAUGCUUAAAUUACUAGCUUCAGCGGCUGUGAGCGCAGGCGACUCUCACAUUUAGUUUGCAGACACAUAAAUGAAAGCAGCAUGCUUUUAGUGGCCUUUCUGUCAGGCAGGCAUUCAGCGUAAUGUCUGUUCAGUGUGUUAAUCAUUAGCUUUCAUCAACAUUGUCAUUAUCAGUGUCACACAUGUUUUACUUUGGUUUUUAUCUGUUUACGAAUAGAUUAUAUGAAAUGUAUUGUCAAGCCUUUUCAGUGUCAACAAAGGUGUCGUUCAUGCUAUGAAGUGUCAUAUCCAAAUGCUGCCAUUGCUCGGUUUUCAGCAUUCAUCAAACAGCAGGACUAUCAUGUGUUUUUUCUCCUCAUCAUUGCAUUAAAUAUCAUGCGUGUAGUUACAUUCUGUGACUUCAAGUUUGGAGUGUUAGUUGUUUUGCCAGGAGAGAUUUACGAUCUGUUUAAUGUGGAGUCACAACGUUCUCUCAUCUAUGGUACAGAACGUGAUUCUGGGAACAACACACUCCUUACUCUGUGUGCAUCUGGUUCCUAUUUCUCCUUCUUUAGAAAACCAUAUUGUUUGAAUCCAAAUCAAGCCUUUCAUGUCCGAUCGUUUGAAUCACUGUAUGUGGAUCAUCUCAAGCGUCCCCCAGCUUUGCAGACAUUUCAAACGCAAAGCCCAUUUCAAAUCCAUGCGCCUCUCAGCACUGUAUAUAGGCAUAUAUUUAUUUUUUGAAGAAAAAAAAAAAAACAGUGUACGAUUUGAGAUGACGUGGCGCAAACAUAAGACUGAUCCUGCAUCGCUGAGGGGGGGUAGUGGUAUUUAUUCUGAUUAUUUUCUAUGCGCUGCACAUUAAUCCACAAAGAUGCCGAUACACAGCUCGUGUUAUGUUUCACUGUGCAUUGGUUUUCCAGGGAAACGUACUCACACUCUUUCUCAAACCGAACUCCUCCCCAGAGUUGAGUUUUAACUCUAAAAGAUUGCACACACCAGUGAUCUAGAAUUGGAUUGGGGCAAACAAUGUUGGCUCAGCGCGGGCAUCAAAUUGCAAAGUCCCCAAUAAAGACUACGCCAACUGACACAUGGAAAAUAAUAACCAGCUGGGUCCUCUGAAGCAGAUGGAAACAUUUUCAGAUUGUGCUGUAACAUCUUCCCCCCCCAUGCAUUACAUUAAUGGGUCUGAGGCUGUACACACUGUGUUUAAAUUGCCUCUUUCAAAGCCUGCUUUCGGGUCAGAUAACAUGGCAACAGAGACCUGCUCCAUCCCUCAGUUGGCGUGCUGUACAGUAUAUCGAGUCCGCUGCUCCAUCAGAGUGUGACGGAUGUGAUUUAGGCCACCUGGAAAACCUCUGCAUCCGCUUACAAAGCCUCUGUCAUCUGAUCAGGGGGAACAUUAUGCAAGUUAACAUUGUGUGCGUGGAAACAGAGGGAAGGUUUACCCAAAAUGUGCCAGGCAGUUAGUGUUUAUAGUGUCGACAGCGUGUGUGCUGGAAACUAGUCUGUUCUUGAUUUGUGCCUUUUUAUCAACAUGUGAGUUCUUGAGAUGCCGAGCUCUGUCUGUCCGAGACGCCUCCAGCAGGCGGGCAGCAGCAGCAGGGCCCACAGCCCCGCAUUCAUACACUGGAUGAGUCACAGCUUCCAUUCCCUUAUUCCAAAACCCUGUUUUCAUCUUUGUGUUUGGACACUGUUGCUAAGGCGACAACGUAUGACCACUUCCUGUUUGGGAUUAUUUAUCAGAGAUUUGGCUGUUAUCACUUUACCAAUCAGCAGUAAGAUCUGUUGAUCCGUAAGGACUCAGUCGAGCCCAGCUGUCCCGAUGCCUUCUCCUCCCUCCUACCAUGUAAUUAACAGAAGACUUUUAUAGAGGUCACAAAUGAAAUAGGUAAAUGCCAAUUUUGUAAGAAUGAUUUAUAAAAAAAUAAACUCAUAUUUGAUGAUAACUGCA